AGCUUGAAAUAAGAGACAUCUUUAAAUAUAUAACACUUUCUUAUCAGUAUAAUUCUAUUAUGUCGUAAUUUGAAAACUUGACUGAAUAAAGAUGGAUGCGUUGCGCAUGUUCAAAAUAUGCUGUACCAUAUGGACUUUAAUUAUGUUAAGGACUGGGGUAGACUCUGUGCAAAUCAAAAGUCCGCGUGCAGUGUUUCACCUCGUGCGCGAAAAAUAUUUCAUAAAGCAGGUCGGUAGACCCGCAGAAUUAUCAAAAAUUGGACUACAUGACAUGGUACAGGACGAUAAUAUAAUCGAAGGAGAAAAUAAACUGUCGGAUCUUAAUGAUGAGUUACAGGUAACAAAGACAUCCCGAAGACAGGCCGAUGAGGGAAAUGACACUGUGGCUUUUUAUGUCGUUCUAUCCGCUAGUGCCAUCGGACUCGGUAAUGGUCAAACGAUCCCUUUUGAUCAAACUAUUGUAGACAAUAAAGGCUUUGAUCCGUUGUUUCAUGCGUUUGUUUGCCCUGUGAAUGGAGUUUAUAUGUUUCGGUCUGCUUUAAUGAGUGAAGCAAACAGCCAUAUUGAAACGGAAGUUGUUAAAGAAGGUUCCCCCAUCUUCCGAAUGUAUUCGUCUGGUAUCAAGACUAACUUUCAUUAUGACCAGGGUUUCAACGCAGGAAUAACAAAUUGCGAAAAGGGCCAGAGGGUAUGGGUUAGAGUGAAUGGCAAUCUUGGUACGUCUGUGAGGGCUGAAGGAUUCACAACAUUCUCUGGCUAUCUCCUUUGGAAAACUCCAGCAUCCGUAAACAGUAUCAACGUGGCAUUUCAUUCUUAUUUGUCAAGGAAUAUCAACGACCUUGGAAAAGGGCAUACUAUUCCAUUUGACCAAGUGCUUUUAAACGAACACCAGGGUUACGAUAAUAUUACUCAACACGCAUUUACAUGUCCUGUUAAUGGAGUCUACAUGUUCCAGUCUUCUAUAAUGUCCAGCUUUGGUGUUAUCGAGGCCGAGAUAGUGAAGGACGCUGACCAAUUCGUACGUGUAUACGCAUCUGCCAACGGACUGUCCAAUGACCAACAUGACCAAGGCUUUAAUGCUGGUAUUGUACGUUGCAACAAGAAUCAGAAGGUCUGGGUGCGAGUUAGUCAAGGAACAUCUAUCUUGCAGUACCUUUUUUCAACGUUUUCUGGUUACCUGAUGUGGGAAUUAGAAGAAGCUUCCACUAUAGCAGGAAUUACUGGACGAGAAAUCAAUGUCAACAAUACUCACGUUGCAUUCAAUUCCUAUCUUUCAAAUGGUGCGACUGGUCUCGGAAAAGAACAAGCUAUCCCGUUUGAUAUGACUCCUUUAAAUGAAGGAAACAGAUUUGACAAUGGUUUUUAUACAUUUCUUUGUCCUGUAAAUGGAAUUUAUGUUUUUCAGUCAGCUGUGAUGGUCAACGUAAGUCACGUGGAAACUGAAAUUGUUAAGGAUAGAAUACCAAUUGCCCGUAUGUAUGCUGGAGUUAAUAAUCAGGGUGGCAUUAGUCACUUUGAUCAAGGGUUUAAUUCAGGUAUCGUAAAUUGCAACCAUAACGAAAGGGUGUGGGUUAGGACUGGCAAUCAGUCAAGUUCAACCGUGGAUCAUCGUAAAACGACAACCUUUUCUGGGUUUCUUCUUAAGAAAUUCUAGGACAAAAGUGAAAUGAAAUCUAAAAAUAGAACUGGAUUUUUUUCUGCAUAUUUUCCCGAUCUUAUGUCUCUUGUUUGGAAUAAAUAAAACGAUUCCGUUGAUUUA